CAUUUCAAAAUUGUCGAUCAAAAUGUCAGGUCGCGGUAAAGGCGGAAAAGGACUAGGAAAGGGAGGCGCGAAGCGUCACCGUAAAGUGCUCAGGGAUAACAUUCAGGGCAUAACAAAGCCUGCGAUACGAAGACUGGCCAGACGAGGCGGAGUUAAGAGAAUAUCCGGGCUCAUUUACGAAGAGACUCGUGGAGUUUUGAAGAUCUUUCUAGGAAACGUAAUACGCGAUGCGGUUACAUACACAGAACACGCAAAGAGAAAGACCGUGACAGCGAUGGACAUCGUGUACGCUCUGAAGCGUCAAGGGAGAACUCUGUACGGUUUUGGCGGUUGAAUUAAAAAAAUAUAUAUACAAAGAUUAUAAAUAUUAAUAAAGUAAUGUUA